GAAUUACAAUUUCUGAAAAGUGACUGAUGCUUAAGUGAAAAAAACCGGGUGUUAAGCCUGGCGUCCCCAAGAGUCUGAGGAAGAACCAGGCAACCAGAACUCCUGGCUUUCGAUGCUGGGAAGAACUUUAGGAAUAAAAUCAUGUUUAUCAGGCAGCGCUCCGGAAAUCAGUGACCCGACCCCAGAACGCCAUCAGGCGGAUUCUCGUGGCAAGCCCCCGAUGUCAGAUGGCCCCACAGCUCUUCACCUAGCCCUGAAUUGCACCAAGGACACUCCCCGUUCUGGGCGGGGCGGUCCGAUCCAGUAUGUACUUUCCUUUAACCGGUGCUGGAGCCCAGGGUCCGAAGACCUUGGGUGAUGGAGCUUCUACCGCCCUUCCAGAGGCUCAUCCAGCCUGAAGAGAUGUGGCUCUACCGCAACCCCUACGUGGAGAAUGACCACUUCCCCACCAAGCCUAUGUUUUUGAUUGUAUUUCUGUGUCCUCUCUCCCUGAUCCUUUUGGUUAAAUGUCUCAAGAAGGCAGAUGGGGCCGACACCAAGCAAGCCUGCCUGGCUGCCAGCCUUGCUCUUGCUUUAAAUGGAGUCUUCACCAACACAGUAAAGCUGAUCGUGGGAAGUGCGGACGCUGGGCCUCACCCAUCCCCACUCAGAAAUCAUGUUUAUCAGGCAGCACUCUGGAAAUCAGUGACCGGACCCCAGAACGCCGUCAGGCGGAUUCUCGUGGCAAGCCCCGAUGUCAGAUGGCCCCACAGCUCUUCUGUUCCUUCUAGGCCGCGCCCUGAUUUCUUCUAUCGUUGCUUCCCAGAUGGGCAAGCCAAUUCUGAACUGAUCUGCACCGGGGAUGAGGAGGUAGUCACAGAGGGCCGGAAGAGCUUCCCUAGUGGUCAUUCCUCCUUUGCAUUUGCUGGACUGGCCUUCACGUCCUUCUACUUGGCAGGGAAGUUGCACUGUUUCACUCCACAAGGCCGUGGACAAUCAUGGCGGCUCUGUGCCUUUCUGUCACCUCUCCUCUUUGCAGCGGUCAUUGCUCUUUCCCGAACCUGUGAUUACAAACACCACUGGCAAGACGUGCUGGUUGGAUCCAUGAUUGGCCUUUGUUUUGCCUACCUCUGCUACAGGCAGUAUUACCCUUCCCUGACCGAUGCCGAGUGCCAUAAGCCAUUCCACUGCAAGCGUAUUCUCCCUCCCACACAGGAGAAACUUGGUGUUUCCCAUUAUAGACUUGAUGUUUAGAAACUUCACCUACCUCCCAGGACAACCGCAGCAUUCCAUGCUGACUUGUACCUCUUAACUGCCACAAGUGAGGACACAGGCAAGACAGAACCGUUUGUCUUUCUGCAUUAUCUGCGUAUCUGUACCAUUAGAUAAUCUCUUUUUGGGAAAGACCUUUUGAAAUGUAGAAGAACUAAGUUAAUUGUCAUAAAGGUGGGCUUUUUUAUGAAAUAGAACCCAAGAAACAAAUAAAAAGGAUAGUUAAACCUGAGAAAUUGAGGCCAAGGAGCGAUAUCCUCAUGAAAUUAUUAAGUCAGAAUGACAAAACUUUUUUAAAAGACAGUAAUAUAUAUUCAAGUUACCCAGAUGGUUUUAAAAGCCCAGCUUCUGCCCGCCUACAUCAGAUAUACUGACUGUAUUAGGUUCACUAGGACUGAUUGCAUAGGAAUAUUUUCAGUCAAUCAAACAUUUAUUAAGUAUAAGGUUCCACGUACCAACCUAAGCACUGAAUAUUUUAACAUUUAAAGGCAGAGCUCUUGUGACCUUCCUGCAUAGCUCUGUGUAGCUGUCCUAUCUUUGAAGCAGAAAAACAAAAUGCCUGUUAUAACUAGAGUUGAAACAUCAGAAAACAAGACCCUUUAUAGCCAAGAGCCUCUAAAAUUAGAGCAGAACCAAACUUAUCUUUCCUGUCACUGUUACUUAAGUACUUGAAUAAAAAAUGUCCAAAUACCAGAUCACUGGCCCAUGUUAAAUGUCCUCAGCAGAGCUGCUGGUUUGUAUGUGAAGAUUUUUUAGUGCUGUAGUAAACAUAAUUUGUUGUACAUAUAUAAAGGUCUGAAGAACUCAAUAGGAGUUGAAUUUUAGUGAGUUUAAAGCAUAAAUCCACAACCUCAACUUUGGGCUGUAUCCAUCCAUCUACCUUUCCCAUGAACUCUUGUCAUUAGGGACCAAAGAACGAUAGGUGGAGCCAAAACAAAACUUUCUAUACAUAGUAUUAGCUCGGCCAAUUAAAUUACUUAUUCUUCAUGAAAAGGGGCAGCUAGGUGGUUUAGUGGUUUGAGAGCUUGGCCUAGAGAUGAGAGGUCUUGGUUCAAAUCUAGCCUUAGGCAUUUCCUAGCUAGAUGACCUGGGAGAAGUCACUUAACCCUCAUUGCCUAGCCCUUACAUCUCUUCAGAUUUGGAACCAGUUUACAGCAUUGAUUCUAAGAUGGAAGGUAUGGGCUUAAAAAUAAGUAAAGAACAGUAAAUUUGGAGUCUCAGGACCUGGAUUCAAAUUCUAGUUUUACCUAUUUCAGGCAAGUCAAUUAGCUCUCCAUAAGCCUGAGUUUCCUCAUUUCUAAAAUGAGGGCAUUGGACUAAAUGACCUCAAAAGUUCCCACCAGUUCAAUGUAGAAAUUUUUGUUUCUGCCCGGUUAUGGAGUAAAGGAGAUGAAGGAUUUUUUAAAAGAAACAUUUCUAACACUGAAAGGAAAAGAAGUUGGUCGUUGUCACUCACCAGUGACCUUUAUGGAUGCCCAGAAGGAAUAGAGUUAAGCUAUUCUUUCCGAACUAAUUUUAUGGGACCUACAAAUAUGUAUUUCUCCCAUUUGUUAUGUUUCUGAAAUAAUGUCUGGGCAUUUUCUUCCAGAAAGUGCCAUUUCCAAUGUAUCUGUGCCUCCAAUAAACCCAAUUUUAUGUCAAUACAAAA